GAAUGUAAACAAUAUGCAACUUACUGCCAAAUAGAAUGACUCCGUCAAACGUGAAGAAGUAAUACCGAUUUGGCAGAUAGAGAAAAAUCUGUCGUUUUUGUGUGAAAAAGUACCCAAUUAAAAGUCUUUGUUGAUGUGAAUUGACUUUUUCAACUUUAAACCAUAAAUUGAUUGAAAUUCAUUUUAAAGCAACAAAAAAAUCCAAUCAAAACUUCAUGUGAAUACGAUUUAGUGGUGAACGUGACAACAUUCUAAAAUGGCUUUUAUCCGACGAUUGCAUCGGAUCGAGAUUAUCAUUUUGUGUGCCAUUCUUAUGAUGCUCAUUUUAAAUUUUGUUUACUUUCAACGGCUUGAAGUUAAAUUGGAUGCAGUGAACUAUUUAUCGAAAAUUCCAAUGGGAACAUCCGAUCGGACCAAUGAAUUUGAAUGGCCAUCGAUACCAAAUUCAUUGGUUGAAAAGUGUGUGAAGAAAAAGGCAGUUUUUGGUCCAAAGCAAAAACCAUCUGGAAAUUCCUCUUUUACACCGAACAACUCUCACAUUCAUCAAAUGAACGUCAGCUUAGAUCGAAAUUUGCACAAAAAAGCAAUCUAUGACUUUGACGACUACGAGUACAAAAAUGUAAUUGAACGACCACCGCUUCAAAACAAUAUCACUUUUGUACCAUUGAUGACCCCUUCGCCUAUUCCAUCAACUACACCAGAACCGGUAGUUAGAACACCGCCACUCAAAAAACCCAAAACUCAAGAAGCCGAAAAAAGUCAAGUAUCGAAAGAAACCAUGGUUUCCGAACCGGAUAUGUGUCCACAAGUUCCACCAAAUUUGAACAGUGAUAUUCAACCGGAUACAAGCGACGAGCCAAUUCAUGAUAUUGAACGAAAACUCAGCGAAAUUGUGUAUUCGGGUGGCUUUUAUUCGCCAUCCAAGUGUAAAGCACGACAAAGUGUUGCCAUUAUUGUUCCGUAUCGGAAUCGACCUGAAGAACUGGCCAUUUUCCUCAAAAACAUUCACCCAUUUUUACAAAAACAACAACUUGAGUAUGGCAUUUUUAUCGUCGAACAAACCGUUGGCACCAUAUUCAAUCGGGCCAUGUUAUUGAAUAUUGGCUUUUUGGAAGCGAAAAAAAUUCGAAAAUUUGAUUGCUAUAUCUUUCAUGAUGUUGAUUUGUUGCCGUUGGACGAACGAAUUUUGUACAGAUGCUCUGAUAAUCCAAAACAUUUGGCCGUUGCCGUUGAUAUGUUUGGAAAUGAGUUGGAGUCACAGAACUCAUUGAGCGGUGUAUUAGCUGUGACCGCUAAACAAUUCGAAAAAAUGAACGGGUUUUCCAAUUUAUUUUGGGGAUGGGGAUGUGAGGAUUUGGAUCUUGCCAAUCGAUUGAAAAAAGCUGGCUACAAAAUUGAGCGAUGUGAUUCGGCCAUAGCACGAUAUAAAAUGAUUGGAAAUGCAACAGUUGAGCCCAAUACCAAGCGAUUUGAGCUCCUGAGCGAUGGUCCCAACAAAUUCAAUACGAUCGGCUUGAAUUCAAUUAAAUACACUGUUCAAUGUAUCGAAGAAUCUCCAGCUUACAUGUGGAUUUUUACCACGCCAAAGCCGGAAGUGCCUGGCACCGGAAGUAAUGUGGAGCAACUAGGAAUCAAGUGAACACUUUUCUUUUUCAGAAUUUCACAGAAUUUAUUUGCAAUUGUAGUUAUUAAGAGUCUCAAAUAAUAAUAAAAUCAUUCGACAUCCUAAACUUUGAA